CUCGUUGGGCAGCCCUCGGCACCAGGCGUGCCGCUAGGCACACACUGCGGCAGCAGGGCGGCCGCAGCGCGAGCAUGAGCUUCGCUGGCGACGACCAGGACGGCGGCGGCGACCGCAGCUGGCUCCGCAGAGUCGCGGCGGUGGACGUCGCCCUCACGUGCCUCGCGACGUUUUACGUGUGCUUUAGCGUGCCGUUUCGGAUAGCCUUCGUGCCGGGCUUCUCGGUGCGGACGCCCGAGUACGCGCCGUGGGUGGCGUGCGACUAUGCGGUGGAUGCGUUUUUCGUGUUGCGAUGGCUCGUCGAAAUGUCAAUGCUUUGUUUUGAGCCCGAGGACGCGGUCACGGUCCAGGCAGCUUGGUUCUCGACGGGCACGGGCACUCUGGACACGAACUCGCCGACAGUUCGAUUCCUCCGCGGGCUACUUUACCACGCUUCUGCGACGGUGCCCCUCGAAUUAGUAGCGCCGCGUAUCGCGUCCGAGUGUAGCUGGGCCUGGAGCGCGGCCUGCUUCAAUAAGGCGCUACUCCAGGCGAACCGCUUGCUCCGCGUAUUACAGGCGCCGGAGGCUGCGCGACGAGCAUUUUCUCUACUGGAGCAUCGCAUGGAGGUCGGCCGGCUGCGCAUGUGGCUGCUCUUCCUGAUCAUGAGUAUCGCGGGCCACUGGGCAGCGUGCGCCUUCUUUAUCGCCGCGAGACUCGACGAGGCCUCGCCCGUGCGCAGAGCCAGAGAAGACGCGACAUGGCCAAGAGUGGAUGGCCUCUGGAACACCACCCUCGUACAAGAUGACGUCUUCAUAGAACUGGAGCGCUCGAGGCUCCACGCUUAUGCGCGGUCCUACUACUGGGCCUUGGUCACCAUGGUCACCACCGGCUACGGCGACAUCGUCCCUAGAGCAAGAGUGGAGACGUGGACUUGUAUCAUAUGCAUGUACGUGGGCAUGUCGAUCUCCUGCGCCGCGAUCGCCAAUCUUACGUUAUUGGUCAUGUCGGCGAACGCGCAGAAUGCAGGCCAUCUCGCGCGGCUCGACGGGUUACGGAGGUACGCGAGAUAUAGAAGAUUGCCACCGAACGUCGCUCGGCGCGUCGUCGCCUACGUCGAGCACGAGUGGAACCGGCGCCGCGGCGUCGACGCUGUGGCAUUCGACCGCGAGCUGCCGGCUACAUUAAGGCAGGCGUGCGCGCGCGUCCGAGCCGCGGCUCUGUUGCGAAAGCUGCCGGCACUGGCUGAAGGCAUUGCCAACGAAGCUGUUGUGAACGCGCUGGCCUUGAAACUCGAGGCUAAAACGUACGCGCCGCAGGACGACGUAGUGAGGCCCGGCGAGCGGGUCGCCGGCGCGAUCCUCGUGAGCCGCGGCGAACUCGCCGUGCGCUCGCGCAAGGAGGCCGAGGAAGGCCAGGUCCUGCGGCUGAAGAGCGGCGACGCCUUCGGCGUGCGGUCGCUGUUCGCCGUGCACCAGUCCACAGUACUAGUCCAGGCGCACAGCUACUGCGACGCCUACUGGUUACUGCGGCGGGCCUUCGUGGCCGUGUGCCGGGCCCAGUGCUCGCCCCAGGAGCAGCUCGCCAUGGCGAAGGCGGCGGACCCGCCGCCGGGCGACGUCGACCAUCUAGGGUUAGCAGGCGGCGGCGGUGGCGCUUUGGUGCUGACGCCGUCGCCGCACAAAAAAGAGAAGAAGAUGCUGAGGGAGCGCAAGGCGUCGCGGCUCUUCGCCUGGGGCGGCUUCCUCGGCGCCCGGCGCGUGUCUCCUCCAAAGGCAGCACCGGAAGCGCCGCCCCCCUCGACCACUCUCAAUAAGCCCCACAAGCACGCGUGGCACCGGCCCGGGAGCCGCGGCCGCGCGCUCUACGAGGCAUGUUGUUUCGCGCUCGUCGCGUUCUAUGGCGUCGCGCUUCCGCUCAUCCUCAAGACUGCCUACGCAUCAUCUAUAUUCAGAUCGUGGGGCGGCAAGGAGCGGUUGCUCCUGGCAACGUAUGUGGUCGACGUGUGUUGUAUCGUCGACUUGGUGCUGCGUUCCACGGUCGUCUCGGAAUUGGAGCAUGGGGUGUUGGUGGACGACGGCCUGGGUUUGCGGCGAUUGCUGCGGAUGAAGCGCUACUGUCUCCUCGAGGUGUUGUGUCUGCUGCCCUGGGAUUUGUUAGCGCUCGUCCUGACGUCGGGACCGUGCUGGCCCGCGGUCCUGCGCGCCGCGAAACUACCUCUAGUCAUGCUCCGCCUGCCGUCGCAGACGCGGGCUUUAGGGGACGUCGCCGGCGCGCGGUGGCGCGUGUCCAAGGCCGCGCAGAAAAUCAUGGCGCUGAACGGCGCCAUGCUCCUGGCGUGCCACUGGGCCGGCUGCGCAUGGCUCCUCGCGGGGCGCGCCUCGGUUCGAGUGUACGGGAAAGACAUGUCAUGGAUCACGCUCGACCGCGCAUCCGUAGACAAGGGCUUCGUGGAGGGACGCCACGCGUUCCUGCGCAACUACGACACCAGCGCCUGGAACCACGCCACCUGCACCUCCUCGUCUACAAAGGCGGUGUGCACGUAUCUGCGAGCGGUCUAUUUCGCUCUGGUAAGUAUUUCGACGGUGGGCUACGGCGACAUCCGGCCGGCGCCCGAGAAUUUGGUGGAGACGAUCUUCUGCUGCUUCGUGAUCCUCUUCGGGGGCCUGAUGGUCCCCGCGGUCGUUGGUGGUUUGGCGUCGCUCAUGGCCGAUUUGAACAAAGAUGCGCGCGAGUAUCGAGCGCGCGUCGCGGAACUGAGGCAUGCCAUGGACCGGCACGACGUCCGCGCGAAGUUACGACGGGCCUUGUUACAGUACCACAACUACGUCUGGGCGCGGCGGCGGGGCGCGGACGAGCGCGAGGUGCUCAAGGCCCUGCCGGCGCCCUUGCGGCGGAGAGCUUUACAUCGGACCAUCGGCAGUUCUUUUCUGCGGACGCCCUUCUUCUCCACGGAAGCCGGCGUCGAGGACGUCGCGCGGCAGGAGCUCGUGUCGAGAUUGGAGCCGCGGGUCUUCCUUCCGGGCGACCUUGUACUAGCCGAGGGCGACCUCGGGCGGCCGUCCUUAUUCCUCGUGGAGCGGGGCGUCGUGGACCUCUACGCGGCCAAGGCCGGGUUGGCGAAGCUCGCGUCUCACCUGCGAGGCGGCGACGACGACGAGCAGUUGCCGUCGCCGCAGCGCAAGGCCUCGACGGCGUCCCUCAUCUCCGUGGCGUCGUCGGAGACGCAGCCGCCGCCACGCAAGGCGUCCAUGGUCAGCGUGCAGUCCUGGGACUCGUCCGCGACGAUGGAGUCGCUGCCGCGGCAGGGCUCCAUCACCAAGCUCUCGCACCUAUUCAAGGGCUCGAGCUUCCGCGCCCGACAAAAGCAGCGACGGGCACCGCCCCAGCAGGCGCCGGCGCCCAUCGCGGCCGUGCCCCUGUCGAUCGUGUCGCCCGUCGCGCGGCGCGGAGCCGGCGACUUCUUCGGCGCCGAGUGUUUAUUGGAGUCGGGCGGGCCCUGGUGCGCCGACGCCAAGAGCGCGGCGACGACGACGGACGACGACGACGACGCCGGCCGCGCGCCGCGGACGUCGGCCGUCGCGCGCGCCUACGCGGACUGCUUCGAAUUGCAUAGAAGCAGGUACCUGGACGUGCUCAAGGGCUUCCCGUCGUCGGCCCAGGCGAUCCGCGGCGCGCUCUGGCGGCACUGCGCCGCGGACGCGCGGCGGCUCGACGCGACGCUCGAGAACCUGGCCCGCGCGCACGUCGACGAGCGCGCGGCGCGGCGCUACGGCCUGCCGCGGCGCGUCGCGACGGACGCCGACGCCCUGCGGCUCGCCACGGCGCCCGAGACGCUGUCGACCAUGGCGCUCAAGCGCAAGGUCGUCGAGCGCGCGGACGACGACGUUUCGUUAAGGACGGAGUCGCCGCGCGCGGCGCCGCCCCCGCAGAGGAAGAUUACAAUAAAGCGCCUCGAGGGCCUGCUGGCGAAGUGGUUCGGCGACCCCGAGGGCGAGGGGCAGGUGGCCUGGAGCUGCCUUGUGGUCGUGGCCAUCGUGUACCAGCUGUUUUCGACGCCUUAUCAUUUGGCGUUCCUGCCGCGGGAGGCCCACGUCUACGCGCUGGACUGGUGUUUUGAUGUGGCGUUCCUGGCGGACGCUUUCCUAAGGGCGACGGCCUUCGGGUUUGUGGAAGACGGCAAGCUGGUCGCGGACGGGCCCGAUAUUUGGCGGAGGUACCGGCGGCACUCGUUAAUGUUCGACGUCGUGACGUGCGCGCCCCUGGAUUUAGUAUUUUAUGGAAGCGGCGUGGGCCCGCUCGGCGUCGCCUUAGCUCGGUUCCCCAAGGCGCUGCGGGUCAUCCGGUUGGGCGCGGCGGCGCGCGUCGCUCGGCCCGUCGUCGACGUGGUGGAGGCGCACACGCUCGGGAACCGCCUCGGGACGUUAUUACGAUUACUCGGCACGGUGAUCCUCAUCGCGCACUGGGCGGCUCUACUGUUCUUCGCACUAGCUAGAUACAAGCGCGUCCACGGCAUGGACGUGUCGCUCGAAAAAAGGUGGCGCUGCACCUGGGUGCGGGCCCAGAUCUGGGAGGAGCAUUUGAGACCGAAGACGGGCUUCGGGCCCAGGGACCGGGCGGCCCAGUACCUGCGGGCCCUGAACUGGGCGCUGCCGACUUUAGUGGUAAUCGUGAUCGGCGACGUCGUGCCGGCGACCUGCGCCGAGACGCUCUACGUCUUUUUAUGUAUUGCCGCGGGCAUGAGCGUGAACGCGAUGAUCAUCGGCAAGGUGGCGGCGGCCAUCGCGAACUCCGAGGCGGCGUCGACCGAGCUCGCGGCGCGCGCGGACCGCCUCGAGAAGUACAUGCAGCAGCACCGCGUGCCUUUACACCUAAGACGGCGCGUCAACGCCUUCGUCGACGCGCUGCAGAAGGCCAAGGGCGACUCGAGCGCCGCCAUCGCCAACACGGCGCCGUCGGACGCGCUCGCGGCGUCGCCGCUGCCCCACACGCUCCGCGCGCGCGUCUGCGUCGCCGUGCGGCUUCCGGUCUUGAAGCGGUGCCCGAUCUUCGAGAGCUGCCCGGAAGCCAUCAAGCGCGCCCUGGCGCUGCACCUGACGCCGGAGACGUACGCUGCGGGCGACCUCGUCGUGCAGUACGGCGACCACGGCGACGCGAUGCACUUCCUGACGCGGGGCACGGUCGAGGUGGUGGGCGAGGACGGGCGGACGAUCUACGCGACGCUCGACGCGGGGUCGUUCUUUGGCGAGGGCGCGCUCUUCUCGAACGUGCGCCGCGCGGCGUCGAUCCGGUGCGCCUGCUUUUCGGAAUGCCUGGCGCUGUCGCGGGCCGACCUGCAGCACCGGCUGCGGGCCUUUGGCUUCCCCCAGCGGCGGUUAUUGGACGAGUUUACGACGAUCAGGAGGCGGAACGCGGACGUCAAUGCCGCGAUCAGCCGCAACCUCAAGGAGGCCGAGCGCGCGGGCAGUAGGUUGCGGCGCGUUCUUGGGGAUGUGUCCCUGCGUUUGUCGACGAAGCGGCAGACGUCCUUCGUGCAGCGGUUCCGGAGCUUCCUCGGGCAGCGCCUCGCUCGCGGCACGGCGGGCCGAGCCCUCUGGGACGCGCUGUCGGCCGUCGCGGUGCUCUACGAAGCCUUGGUCCUGCCCUACCGCGCGGCCUUCACGCUGCCCGAUGCCCUUGCUAGGGUCGUGCCGGGCGCGAUGGGGCCCGACUACGCGUGCGACGCGUUCUUCCUGCUUUCUUUGAUUUGCCGGUGCGCGAUGAAGGACGACGCCGAGGAGCGGCAGAGCCGGGGCAAUCUUACAGAGGUGCUCGACGCGCACUGUGUCGGCGCGCGGUACCGGCGGUCGCGGUGGCUCUGGCUCGACGUCCUCGCGGCGCUGCCCCUCGAACUUUUUUAUGUGGUCGUGGCGACGAAUGUCGAGAGGAACGUCGUCCUGGCGUGCCGGCUGAACCGGCUCCUGCGCGUCGGGCGCCUGAGCGGCUUCGUGGACGCCGUGCUCCGGCACCUGGCGCUGCGCCGCGGCGUGCGCGUCUCCAAGGCCGAGAAGGCCCUGGCGGCUGUCUACCUGGCCUACCUCUACGUGAACCACUGGUACGCCUGCGCCUGGUUCGCGAUCCACCGCUACUUCGGCGGGGACAAGACGUGGGCGACCGUCGACGGCAUCGCCGCGCUCGACGACAUCUGCCGCAUCGACGUCGCGGACUGCUACGCGCGGAGCGUGCACCUCGUGAUCACGACGAUCUCGUCGGUCGGCUACGGCGACAUCUGGCCCCAGACGCCGCUCGAGACGGGCUGGCAGAUCGUGGUCGUCGUGACGGGCGCGUGUCUGUUCGCGUCGCUGAUCGGGGCGUAUACGCUCAUCCUCGAGGCCCACGACACGGAGGGCGCCUCGGCGUUCCGCGCGAAGCUGAGAAGGUACGACGCGCACAUGCACCGCUCAAAGCUGCCGAAGGAACUGCGGGAGAGUGUCCUACGGCACCACGAGCACCGCUACGCGCUGACGCGCUGCGUCGACGAGGCGUCGAUCACGUCGGACCUCACGGCGCCGCUCCGCAUGGAUUUGGCCUUGUACGUGCACCGCGCGGCGUUCGCGAAGAUCCGCGUGUUCUCGGCGCUGCCGCGGUCGACGGCGCGGCGGCUCGCCGCCGUCGCGCGGACGCAAAAGUGCGGCCGCGGCGAGGUCGUCUACGCGGCGGGCGACGUCGGGUGGGACGUCUACUUCGUGUUCGCCGGCGCGGUCCGGCUGUCGCCGCCCGAGGACCCGUCCAUCCUGGACUUCCGCGGGCGCGACGCGCGGGAACGGUUCCAGCGCGACGACCCGGCGCGGCUGGCCGACCUGCUCGCCGUGGGCCGCGGCCGACCCCUGCUGGCGUCGCGCGACGAGGUCUCUGAGAAGAACGUCAAGACGGCCGCGCAGCGGCGCACGGCGUUCCGCUGCGACGAAACCUUCCGGCACGUGCCAGGCCGCGGCUUCGGGCGGCGCGUCGCGGGGAACGCCCACCGACGGUCCGUCGUGCGGUCGUUCGUCGCGCCGACCGGGGACCAGACGGAGGCGUACCCGGUGGUCGCGGGCGUCGUCGACGAGGGCGACCACUUCGGCGAGUUUUGCCUGCAGUCCGAGUCCGGGGUCCGCCAGGAGACGGCGCGGUGCGUCCUGGCGAGCGAGCUGUACACUAUCUCCCGCGCGGACCUGGAGGCGCAGGUCGUGUCCUACGAGAGCGACGACGUCAUCGCGGUCUUCAACGAUCUGCUGCAGGUGCAUUCGCUGUCCUAGAGUCUUC